CCUCCUUUUGUGGGAAUCACAUGAGGGGAGUUUUUUCUUCUUCUGUGUGAAUCACAUUUCUACCUACACCGCUGCUGCUGAAAUACACCCCAGCUGAAGGGUUCUGUGCUAGGCUGUCUGUAACCCCAUCACAGUGAUGUUCCCUCCUUUCUUCAGUCUGUCUCUGGAUGUUUUAUUCCCGUAUGUCAGUGUUUGGUUAGAGGGUGUUUUAUGCACGUUUACUCUUACGAAAAAGCUAUCUUCUUUACGCUCACAUGUGUUCUCGCUGUCCUCCUCCUUGCGUGUGAGCAACCCCGCUCCUCCACCCGACACAAACUCCCCACACUGAGCGUUGGGGAGUCGGUGCCCCUGCGUCCUGGGAGUAGAAACCCCAAAGAGUGUGUCCAGCGAUUGAGGAAAUGUUUGGCCCAGAGAGUUUUUGCUCCCCUCUGAGGUGUUUGUUGGCCAAGGCUGAUCCUGACAACCCUCGUGGGAGCGCGCUCAGUAGGCCUCUUCAAAGACUCCCAGCUCCCAAAGCAGGAAGUCCAGCCCUGCGCUGCUUGGAAACAAGAUGAGGCAGACAGGAAGGAAGGAGGAGGGCUCGCCUGUCAAGAAUGCCUUAGAAGAGUUGUGAAAACAGCCAGCCCGAGGAGGGGAGUCAUGCAGUUGCGGAUGGAGCUCUCCCGCCGAGCCACAAGCCAGUCAGAUCAGCAGAGGGUGUGUGAGAGGAUAGCGAGGCAGAGGGAAAGUGUGUGAGAGUGUGAGAGGACCAGAGGCUCCGAAGGACGUCACACACACACUCCCAGAGAGAGAGGGAAACAAGCUGUCACAGGAAGGCGUCUAUCCUCACGCGUUCUGGACUGUGGAAGAGUCAACAGCCUGAAGUAAGACCAUGAUGUGCAUUUAGGCAGCUGAAGGGGAUUUUUCUCAGAUUUUACAGCCCUGAGUUUCUCUUUGAGACGCUUUUUGAACGCCUCCAGAAGACACAAAAAACUUGCAAUAAGACUCUAACCAAGAUUCUGUGAGGGUUUUCUGUAUCAUUAUGGAUCAACCAGCCAGCAGCUGCAUGAGGAGCGCUCACCCCAGCAGUCCGAUCUGGGGCUGCAUGAGAAACCCUCACACAGGGGUCGUAGGGACAAAUCUGCAGUCGCCCUACCAGCAGGCCCCUUUCUCCCUCCAUCAGAAGCCCGAGUUCCUCGCCUACACAGACUUCACCAGCUCCUGCCUGGUGCCACCUGCGCCUCACGCGGCCUACCCUCGAGACGACAGACUCUACCAAGAGAGCCAGGGCUACCAGAGAGCCGAGUGGCAGUUCAACCCCUGCGAGACGAGGUUGAGAGCGCCAGAGGCCUGUCCGCCGGUGGUCUCGCCCGUAGCUGUAGUUGGCAGCGGAGGUGGAGGCCCUGACCUGGACUCUGUAGGGGGAGACAGGCUGCCAGGGGCCGCGCCCGGGUGCCUGGACGGAGAAUACUCACCGCAGAGCGUGGCAUCAGCCGACUCAGAUAAGAAGAGCUCCAGUAAGAGGAAGAGAGAUGUCGCAGAUAUCCAGGAGUCCAGUUUUAAGGUGGACUCCAGCUGCAAGGCGAGGAAAGAGCGCACGGCGUUCACCAAGGAGCAGCUGAGAGAGCUGGAAGCCGAGUUCACCCACCAUAACUACCUGACCAGACUCCGCCGCUACGAGAUCGCCGUCAACCUGGACCUCACAGAGAGACAGGUGAAAGUGUGGUUUCAGAACAGGAGGAUGAAGUGGAAGAGAGUGAAGGGAGGACAGUCGUCUUCCCCCAACGACCAGGAAAACGACGACAUAGACUCGGCUGCCUCGCCCAGCUCUGAAUGAACAAAGCCGAUCUGCGUAAUGACGAAAAAGGAGAUGUGAACGAAAUUGUGACACAAAAAAGACUUUUGUCAACUGGAAAACAAUUGGAAACUUCAUCCAUUUCUUCUUCUUUUUUUUCUUUUGGAAGCUGCAGGAAUCAAAUCAUUUCAGAAACUCUUUAAAUUCCCAAGGAGAAAUCACUGAGCAUCUCCUUUGCUGUUGUAAAUAGUCGAUUAAUGUCCGUAAUGAACUGCAUUUUGAUACUCUGUGGUUGGAUAAUCCGGUGAAGAGGUCUCCUCUUGUUGUGUUGACUGUGUUUUUAAUAUUAGAGACGAUACUUGUGGUCAUUGUAGAUCAGUGACGGAGUCCAGACAGCAGCUUUAAAGCCACUGAUGACAUAUCAACCUGUGAUGUGAUUGUGUUUGAGUUCAUCCCCUUUGGUUCCAAUAAUGAAGUCUUGGCCUUUGACGCUUGACUACAACCACCUGGGAAAACUCAGACUGCACAAGUUUUGCCAAGCCAUAAGUGCCUUCAGUUCUGAUGUUUUUUUUUUCUUUCAUUUCGUCAGUUUCUUCUUCCUAGAAUGUCGUUUUUUUUUUUCUGUCGAGCAUUUUUCUAUUCUUUUUAUACAUUUUGGAUGUUAUAGAUAAAAUACAGAUGUUGCCUGUUUCUGCAAAAAAGAAUAAAUGAUCU